AUGACUUCCCCGUGGAAAACACUGGGAGUUACUUUUAACGCUUCCGAAACAGAGAUCCGACAGGCGUACCUUCGUCUGGCUCGACGAUGCCAUCCAGACAAGAACCCCAACGACCCUAAAGCCACAAAAACUUUUCAAGAGGGCUCCAGUGACACAACCCCCGAGACCCAGGAGACGACACCCAAACGAAUGCCCACAUUCGUAUGCAGACCUCAAGUGACAGUAAAUCUGUCAAUAAACCGUUCAAGUAUGUCAUACUCCGGCCCCCCAGACUACAACGCCAAGUUUUACAGCGUUUUCCAGAAGCUCUUCCGAGAGAUCUCUUUCUGGGAGAUGAAAUGCAAACAAAACACCAGCAAGCUGCCACCACCAAGCUUUGGACGAAGCUCCACCCCAUUAAAAGAUGUCAAAACCUUUUACAAAUACUGGGCCGAAUUUUCCACCAAAAUGUACGUGCGGCCAAAGGGCAAGCACAAUUGGCAACAUCGGGAACAGUUCAACACCGAAGUUCGCUCUUUGGUGAACUUCCUACUAAAGCAAGAUGAACGGCUGAACCAAAAAUGA